AUGAAUCUACAUACUGAUGACCUGCGCAGAUGUGGCCGCGGUGGCAUCGGCGAAGCCCUCGUGACCGAAUACACCCGCCGUGGCGUCCACGCCAUCGCGACUGUGCUCCCCCACGAGGCGAGCGACCACCUCUCGGACGCCGGCAUCACCUUCUUCCCCCUCGAUGUCACUAACGAGCAGUCCAUCAUUGACCUGAAGGCAGCGUUGCAGAAACUCACGUCGGGGAACCUCGACAUCCUCGUCAACUGCGCUGGCAUUGCAUACACGAUGACGGCCAUCGACACCGACGUCGGGGCCGUGCAGCGCAUGUUCGACAUCAACCUGUUUGGCCCCAUGCGCAUGGUGCACCACUUACACGAGAUGAUCAUCCAGGCCAAGGGCACCAUCGUCAACAUCGGUUCGAUUGGCGGCAUCAUCCCCUUCAUGUAUGGCUCAUCAUACAACGCGAGCAAGGCUGGACUCCAUCACUGGGGCAACACGCUCCGCGUCGAAAUGGCCCCGUUUGGCGUCAAGGUCAUCACGGUCAUCUCGGGAGAAGUGAGCACCAACAUUCUCAAGAACGAUGCCCACAGGAAGCUGCCGGAGGGGUCCUACUACUCCGUUCUCUCCGAGAACUUCCAGCGGCACGUCCUGCGGACCCCGGAGGGUGCCACCGACCGCUUCGACUACGCCACCAACGUCGUGGCGCAGAGCCUGAAGUCGUCCCCCCCGUCGUGGUUCUGGUACGGGAGCUUUACGGGCGUGACCCGUUUCCUCGACAUGUUCUGCUGGCGUACGGUUUGGGACACUUUGAUGUGGAACAUGUUUAGCCUGGACAAGUUGAAGCAGGCCCAUUCCACUCUCGCGAAGCAGCUUGCUUAUUAG